GUCAAUUCGACCAAAAGCUUUGAUCACCGAUCACGAGCAACAGCCGUUUAUGUCUCGUUUGAGCUCGUUUUUGGGGUUUGGAGUCUUGCCAUCGUUGGGAAGCUUCGGCAAAGCCGUCUGCAUGUAAGACUAUACAUAAAGCGUUUGCAAGGUUCUACUUCAAUUGAUGCCGUUAAAUGUCACAAGAUCAACAGGCGUGGCCCAACCGAUUGGAGGGCUUAACUGCUGGCAUGGAUGCCAAUGGGUCUUCGUUUCAAGCCAGCUUCAGCCCCCUAACUUCCGGCCUUAAGCGGCAACCCUCGGGGCCAUCCAACGGUUGGGUCUCCUUCGACGAUGACGGCGGCAGCACAGGUUUUGCCGCCGGUGCACCCGCUAUACCAGCUGCACCACCUGUUGUGGCGCCCACAGCAAACCAGAUGCCCAUCUUCCCAGGCCCCGGUGUCAGCGGUGCGCCCCACCUGGUUCGGCCACCGGGCCCCGCCGCACCCCUGCCAGCAGCGACGCUCGCCAGCCUCACCCCCUUCUCCUCAGCUUCCCCGACGCCUGGGCCCCAGAACUUCUCACCGCUAACGUCCUCCGCCGCCAAGUCAACCUUCCCCACCUUCGCCUCCCUGGCCGGACCCUCCCCUCCUCCUGCUGCCGCCAAGAGCCUGUUCGGCUCAGCCCCACACGUGGAGCCGGACGGCGUUGCCGUACACCGCCUGAUGCGGCCGCCCUCAGCCACCGCUGCACGCCCCGGCACCGCAGCGGCGCCCAGCGCUGCAAGCAGCAGCAGCACAGCCCCCUCCUCUGCUGCUUCCGGUGUCGCUGCGUUGCAGGGCCCCUCCAGCAACCCCUUUGCCGCCAGUGCUAACCCUCAGGGUGCCACCGCCGCGGCUCGCAGCCUGGAUCCCUUCGCGGACCUCGCGCUGAAGCCGCACCUGCCCAGACCGCCCCCCAUGGCGGCUGCUAGGGGGCAGCAGGGGGCGACUGCGGCGGGACCCGGGCCUGUUACGGGCGUGGGAGCAGGCGCCCCGCCUGGCAUUGGGUCCACAACCCUGCCCCCUGCAUGGGCCCCUCCCGUGGACUCGGCGGCGCUGUCCCAGCCGGCCGCUCCGGUGGCGGGCAUGGAAGCGCGCGUGGCUGCUUCGCCAGGCGGCUACCAGGGCGCUUUUGAUGUGGCCCACCUGCAGGGCCUCACGUCGCCUGCCAGGGCUGGUGUCGCAGGGACCGGGGGGACAGCACCGGCCACGUUAUCGCCGGCGCCGCAAACACAGCCGCAACCACCUACGUACACCGCGGCCGUGGAUAUCUCAGCCGCACACUGUCCGUCCCCGCCGCCGUACGCAGAAGCGCUGGCGUUGCCCUCCGAGGCACAGCCUGCGCCAUCCGCUGCGCCCCCCUACUCCGAGGCGCUAAGCAUGCCGCACGCGAGGGGCCCACCGGCCCCCCCGCCGCCGCCCCCUGCCUACGAGCAAGCCGCAGCGAUGCCAUCCGCGCAGGGACGGCUUGCCGACCCAUUCGCCGGCGCAACUCCGGCUCCCGGCGGAACCCCAUCCUGGGCCACCUUCGACGAUCAUCAUGCGAGCCAACAUGCAGGCGUCGGGACCGCAGCGGCCACCGCUGCCGCGCCCCCUGCCUUGCAGCAGCCCCUGGCCACCCCUCAACUGCAACCACAGCUUCAGACCCAGGCUCCGCAGCCGCCGUCACAGCAACCUCCGCAGCCGCCUCUGCCCAGUCAGGUAUGUGUGGAGGUGCGGCUGCCGCCGCUGAAGCCCAAGGAGGCCGCCUGGCCCAAGCGCCUAGCCGCCGGCAUGGGCUGCGCCUUCGCGGCGCCCGGGGGGGAUAGCGUGGCGGCCCUGCAGUGGUGCCUGCACCCGGGA